UUGAUUAAAACGGCUCCGCCAAGGGCCCCGACAGUCACAACCACACUCACAGCCUUUGAGGCAGCAGCACCACAACACACGGCGACAUCGCCCGGACUUGGCUUUCUUCUCUCCGCCUAUAAAAGUUUUCUCCCCCGCCAACACGCACACUGGAGGAGAAACACCCCCUGGCCACCUCCCUGCAGAGUGCCUACACUACAGGGAAGGCGGCAGGGCUGUUUGCGAGCUUGGCCGCGGAGCAAAUGAUGACCGCCAAGACCCUGGACAAGAUCCCGGUCAGUCUCGGCGGCUUCGCGCACCCACUCCCCGAGAGCCUUUACCCGGUGGAUGACAUCGCCGCCUCACUGCCAACUUCCGUGACCAUCUUUCCCAAUGGGGAGCUGGGAGGACCCUUUGACCAGAUGAGCGGCGCCGCCGGAGAUGGGCUGAUCGGCGUGGACAUGAGCGACAAGAGGCCCCCCCUGGAGCUGCCCUACGCCUGCAGCGGCUUCGCCCCGCCCGGGCGCGGCCAGCCCUUCACCUACAUGGGCAAGUUCUCCAUCGACCCGCCCUACCCCGGCGCCGGCUGCUACCCGGCCGACGGCAUCCUCAACUUGGUCAGCGCCAGCAUCCUGCAGGGGGUGGCCGCCCCCUCGACCUCCUCGUCGUCGUCCGCCCCUUCUGCCUCGUCGGCAGCCUCCUCGGGCUCCCCUAACUCGCUGGGCUGUGCCAUGGUGCCCUCCGCCAGCGAGAUGGAGCACCUGUACUCGCCGCCGCCUCCCUACUCCGCCUGCGGGGAGCUCUACCCGCCGCCGGCGGCGCAACAGCAUCAGGCGCAGCAGCAGCAGCAGCAGCAGCAGCAUCAGGCGCACUCGGAGAGCGCGUCGGCGUUCCUGGCAGCCUCGGCGGGCGCCUACCCUCCGCCCCCUUCCUACCACCACUCCCCCAAGACGGUGACGCCCGGCGGGGCGGACGGCGGCGGCGGCCUCUUCUCCAUGAUCGCGGACUACCCGGGCUUCUUCCCGCCGCCCCCGCAGUGCGGCCAGCGCGACCCCCACGGCCCCGCCGAGCGCAAGCCCUUCCCCUGCGCGCUGGACUCAGUGCGCGUCCCGCCGCCGCUCACGCCCCUCUCCACCAUCCGCAACUUCACGCUGGGCGCGCCCCCUGGCGGCUUGGCCGGCGACGGGCCCCCGAGCGGGGCGGCGGCGCGCCUGGCCCCCGGCCCCUACGGCAGCCCGGCCCACCUGCCCCUGCGGCCCAUCCUACGCCCGCGCAAGUACCCCAACCGGCCCAGCAAGACGCCGGUGCACGAGCGGCCUUACCCGUGCCCGGCCGAGGGCUGCGACCGGCGCUUCUCGCGCUCCGACGAGCUGACGCGCCACAUCCGCAUCCACACGGGCCACAAGCCCUUCCAGUGCCGCAUCUGCAUGCGCAACUUCAGCCGCAGCGACCACCUCACCACCCACAUCCGGACGCACACCGGCGAGAAGCCCUUCGCCUGCGACUUCUGCGGCAGGAAGUUCGCCCGCAGCGACGAGAGGAAGCGCCACACCAAGAUCCACCUGCGCCAGAAGGAACGCAAAGCCGCCGCCGCCGCCGCCGCCGCCCCGACCAGCGCCGCGCCUCCGCCCGGCCCCAGGCCCUCCGACGGCGGCGGCGGCGCCCCCGCGCUGCCUUCUUGCGCCGCCCGCACCCGGACGCCCUGAGCCGCCUUCGGGGGCCACUCACCGGCGCCGCGCCGCCCACGUGGGGAGCUCCGCGGGGCCUUCCUGCCGGCGAGCGCCCGAUCUCGCGGGCCCUGCGGGGGUCCAGCAGGUAACCGGGCCAAGAGGCCGCUUCCCACACUCUGCGGGCGCCAGCGAGGCUUGCUGGACUUCGGCAAGUGGUCGGGCGCAGACGCGCCGGCCGGGGCCUGUUCGAGGAGAAGCAGCCCGUCCUG